AUGGGCCUGCUCACUAUCAUCAGGAAAAGCCGUCGAAAGGAGAAGGAAAUGAGAAUCCUUUUCCUUGGACUCGACAACGCGGGUAAAACCACCAUUCUGAAGAAGAUCAGCGGAGAGGACAUAUCAAGUAUCAGCCCUACUCUUGGCUUCAAUAUCAAGACGUUUGUUCAUCGAAGUUAUACCCUCAACAUCUGGGAUGUUGGAGGGCAACGGACACUUCGGCCCUACUGGAGAAAUUACUUCGAACAGACGGAUGCCAUUGUGUGGGUCGUCGACUCCAGCGAUCGCGUACGCAUCCAGGAUUGCAAAGAGGAACUCCAUAACCUUCUACAAGAAGACAGAUUAACGGGUGCAUCACUUCUCCUGCUUGGCUUGUCCGGCAUCAAAUCGCACCAUUGGAAAAUUUCUCCCUGCAGUGCGGUGACGGGCUAUAAUUUAAUUGCUGGCCUUGACUGGGUGGUCGAGGAUGUCGCCCGUAGGCUCUAUUACAGCUCAGUGGUCCCUGAUGGAGGGGAGAAUAGUUUGGACACCGUGUCGCCGCCGCCACCUCAGACCGUCGUCUGACAGGGCGUAUCAUCGCCUCCGAUUGACACUAACUUGGUGAGGAAAUAUUUGAAAGACAUGUGGACACCCAAAAAAACAAUAACCUGGUCCGUUUGCGGACUGUCGAUCUCACAGUUCCCCGUUCUCGUGUAUCCUCUUUGUAGGUCCAAUAUUUUCCAAAUUGAGAGCCAUGCUUCUCGAAUUCUAGUUUGAGUCACGUCCAUGGUACUGUCCACACGAUAUUGCAAUAAUGGUCAGACUAUUGCUAUCCCGAGCCCUUCCUGCUUAGCAUCCAUCCAAUACGCUGCCCAUCUCGAGUGUUUUGGGCCUUGCUAACUAUGACCGCCUUCUGAGUGGCUGCCGGCUUCAAGCCUCGACCAUCGACAUGCGUACCUUGCCUUCCUUCUUGGAGGAUCAGCCAUCUCG